AAAAAAAACGCUAAAAAUAACAGCAACGACAACAGCAACAAUAGCAACAUUUGGAUUGUUGUAAAAUGGGUGGCAAGAAACGAAAAUUGAUGGUAAUUAAUGGGAAAUAAAUAAACAAAACAAACAAACAAAAACCUGUCAAAUUUGAUGGUCAUCAUCAAUGAUGGACGGAUUAUCCCAAAAUGUGACAUAAAUGGUGUAAUAUCUGUUAAACCACAACAACAACAACAACAAUAUGUAUAAAACCAAUGUCAAUGGUACAAAUUAUCAUUCAUUUGAGUCAAAAGAUAUAUCGAAAAUCUUGACAUUUUUUUGUUGUUUGUUACCUGUUUCAGUUUUUUUUCUGGCCCAAAAAUGAAAAUUUUUUCAUCAUUUAUUUUGAUUGCUUUUUUGGCCACAAACACCGUAAACGUUAGUGGUGGUCGUAUUGUUUUGAAAACAAACAACGCAUCAUCAUCAUCAUCACAAUCGAUUGUUCAUCAUAAACAUGAUGAUCAUGAUGUUCAUUCAAUUAAAUCGAAAGUUAUACCGGACAUGUCAAUGUAUACAACAUUAUCAUCAUCUAAUUAUGACAAUAAUCGAUACAAUGAAAAGCCUGAAUAUCGUAUUCCUGGAUUACAAAAUGGUUCGAAAAUCAAUCAUCAAAAAUUAAACGAAUCAUCAUCAUUUGAAAAUCGUCUAUUUGGCAAUGGACAUGGACAUUAUAUUACAAUUGGUAAUGUAUCGGUACCAGAGGAAUUUUUCUCACCAGAAGCACAAGGUCUCUGGGAUUGGAUUAAAAAAGGAUGGAAUUGGCUAACUGGUGGUGGUGGUGAUGAUAAUAAAUCUCAAAAAAUUGAAAAUCACAUCCAUAACGAUAAUAAAAACAUUAUACAAAACAAUAAUAACAAAGAUCAAGAUGGCAAUAAUAAUGGACAAGAUAAUAAUGGUCAUAAUCUAAUCAAUAGCAAUCAAAUUCCAUUUAUCAAUAAUAUUAUCAACAUUAGUUUGGCAAAAAAAUGAAACAAAAAAAUCUCCAUUGAAAACACACCCAAACACAAAAAUGAUCAAAAAAAAAAAUUUAAAAACAUACAUCCUAUAUGAAUGGAUCUAAUCUAUUGAAUGAAAAAAAAAAAAAAAAUAAAGACAGCAGUUGUUGUUGUUGUUGUUUAAAGCAGCA